AUGUUCAGCGCCAACUCUUCCCACUCAUUGCUCGCCAAAUCUAUCUGUCGUGGUGUUCAUCGCAGCUUCUUCCAUACCUCUAGGGCCUCUUUGAUCAACAUUGGCCAGAAACUUCCUGUCACCACAGUGUUCGAGUCUUCUCCAGGUAAUAAGCUCAACCUUCUUGAUGCCAUAACCUCCAAAUCUAUCAUUGUUGGGGUGCCUGGUGCUUUUUCCCCAGGUUGCUCGGCAUCCCAUAUUCCAGGAUACAUUGCCAACCUUGACAAAUUCAAACAAAAAGGGAUUGACCAAGUGUUCGUCGUGGCGGUUAACGAUGCCUUCGUCACCAAUGCCUGGAAGCAAUCGCUUAAUGCCCCAGAAGAAAUGAGAUUUAUCGCUGACGCCACCGGAGACUUGACCGAAGAAUUAGACUUGAGUUUUGACGCCACCGCCUUCUUUGGUAAUUUCAGAUCUAAAAGAUACGCCUUGGUGGUCGAUAACGAAGGUAAGGUCGAAAACUUGUUUGUUGAGCCAGAUAAUGUCAGUGUCAAUGUUUCCAGUGCGGAAAAUGUCUUGAAGAUGUGUUGA